AUGCCUAGGCAUAGUCCUUUAUCAUUUUAUUCCAGAAUCAAGAAUGAAUCCCCUAUACCUGAAUACAGGUCAAAAUCUGUUCUAAACAGAGAAGUCAAUUCAAAAAUAUUCAAGCUUAAUAAAGCACUUUAUAAUGUAAGAAGUCCAUCUAACAAAAUUAGUCUCCUAGAAAAACUCGCACUCAGAGGAGAAGGGAGCCUAAACGAAGGGAAAUUUAUCCAGACCCACAGAAAAGCAUUAAGCAUGAAUGACCAACUGAAUGGACAUCAUAACCUUAUUAACGAAGGCAAACAGAUUAUUAAUCUGCCUAAACUGCCUUUUGGGAAGCAUAAUCAUUAUAACGAAGUCGAAAAAUUUUCGAAGCAUCAUUUUUAUGUGCCAAAUAAAGUCCCUCCAAGCCGAGCAAAAGAUGUAGAUGACUAUACAAGGAAGCUGAGAAUUUUAAUUAAAAAAGGAAAGACUACAAGAUUAAGGGAAAAAACAGUGCAUGAGACCCCAAAUUCAACUUUGACAGAUUAUAACGUUUAUGAAACUCGAGCUGGGCUUUUAAUGUGCCAGAAAGAAAAAGAGAUUAUAAAAUCUUACGAAACAGAAAAAAACAAGUGGACUGCCCAUUUAAGGCUACUACAGCCAUUUGGCUCAAAAGAUGAAGAAGAAGCCUGGAAGAAAAAAGUGAAAGAAAGAAUUGAAAAAUCGAGGAAACUGAAAUUCAAAGGAGAUUUAGACGUUUUCGAGUGUGAGUCUGAUAGUGAAGAUGUACAUUUCAACAAGGAAAAAAUUCUACGGCAUUUAUUAGUGAUUGAAUCUGAUAUAUAA